AUGCUAUCCGUGGCAUCGCUUCUAAACCCUGUCAAGCCCGAACCGUGGGCCUUACGACGUUUAGAUAGUCCUUCUUCACCACUGUGCUCCUCCUCAUCAACCUCUGGUAGCCCAUUCUUGUCACUCACAAAUCAAUCUUCUUCCAAAAAAGCAAAGAUGACCAAGGACGGUGCUGUUUUUAGCAAGGGAACGCCUAAAGGCGAGGUCAAUUUCCCACCGUUUGAGCGCUUUGACGAGGACGUUCUCCGAGAGGUCCAGAAGUUCCAGAUCUACCCGCUCGGGAACAUCCAGGAAUACGCCCAGCACAUUCCGUAUAACAGCGAGAAGAAAACCUUCCUCGAAAAGACCGGCAGAGAGAGCUUCGAAGUGUUCAAGUAUGUUUUCAAAGUGCCUGGAGACGACAAGGAAUACGUUGUCAUGUGGGAUUAUAACGUCGGACUCGUUCGCAUUACACCUUUCUUUAAAUGCUGCAAAUAUUCGAAGACAACCCCAGCCAAAAUGCUGAACAUGAAUCCUGGCCUCAAGGAGAUCACUCACAGCAUUACAGGUGGCGCUCUUGUAGCACAAGGUUACUGGAUGCCCUACUCCUGCGCCCUCGCAGUUUGUACAACCUUCUGCUCACACCUCGCUGGCGCUCUGAUCCCCAUCUUCGGUCCAACCUUCCCCUCACUCUGCGUACUACCCGAAGCCCCCGAACAUGGCCGCAUGAUAAUCGACAGCCAGACCGUCCGCGAAGCCGCCGCCGAGGCCGAGGCCUUUCGCGUGCAAUACAGCAGGUUCUCUGCUGUGCCAUCCUCCGGCCGCGAGAGCUACUCUCCCAUUCACUCCAGCGAUCGUGACCGCAUGUCCUCGAAUCCCAACAUGCGCCAUACACCCCCGAGCCUUGGCCGUCGUCUGCGUGUUAGGCGAACUUUCGGUGCGGACAGUCCAUAUGGCUUGACGACCGAUACGGAUUUCGAUGGAAAUGCCAGCGAGAGCAGCGGCGAUGGAUAUCACCUCAGCCCUAUCACACCCGCCAGUACAAGUAGCAUACUAUCUGCUUCCCAUACGCAGUCUCACUCCAUGUCUCAGCCCCAGCUCCACGGUCACGAUCAUGGCCAUGGUCACGGCCAAGGUCAAAGUCAACAUCAGUACCCUGUUCAGUUCAACCAACCAACUAUGACCGGCUGGCACACCCACAACAUGACAGCUCACAAUGCCAACUUGGCUAUCAAUAUCUCGCCCCGCGGUCACGGUCCCUACCAUGAACACUCAUACAACGUACCCAACCCAAAUACCUUUCUCAGUGCCAUUCCUCGCUCCACUGGCCUCGACAUUCCCAUGACUGGCACCGGUACCUGGCGCUCUGGCCCUUCCAAGCGCCGUGUCGAAGAAGUUGAUGCAGACGACGAGUAUGAUUGUGACGAUGAUUGUGACGGCGAGACUGCCAGUAUCGCUACGAAUGACAAGGAUAGUGCGGAUGGUAAGGUUGUGGGUGUGAGUAUGGCUAAGGGUAGUGUGAAUGGAGGUGAUGGUAGAGGUGGAAGUGGAAAUGAUAAAGAGAUGGAGGGUGUGGGUGAUGCGGAGAGAACCGCUGCUUGGUUGUUGGUGAAGCUUAGUAUGGGAGAUGCAGAGCUCGGAGCGAGGAGUCAGGCGGAGAUGAAGAAGGGUGUGAGUACAGGUUUGGUGAGUGGUGUUGGAGCUGGCGUUGGAGAUGGUGUCGGAGCUGGACGUGGUAAUACUGCUGGGGUCGGAUCUCGACCUGGUAGCUGCCAAGGUCCGAGGAUAAAGAGACGUCGGGCGACGUCCAUGUGA